ACAAUAUCAACAGCAGCAACAGCAAGGUGUAACUGCAGUGUGGUGGGGAGCGCUGACCCAGCCUCCUGUGAUGUGACGUCAGGACAGUGUGACUGCCUGGCUGGGUACACAGGCCUGGUCUGUGACCAGUGUGUGGCUGGCUAUCACCCCAACAUCACCAAUGGAGAGUGCGUGCUUUGUGGAUGCAAUGCCACGGGAGCUGCCAACUUUCAUUGUGACAGCACGGGGAGAUGCCGCUGCAAAGUGGGAGUAUCUGGUCUGAAAUGCGACCAGUGUCGGCUGGGACAUCAUGGGUUCAGCGAGGCCGGUUGUCAACACUGCCAGUGCAGCAACCACUCAACCACCUGCGACUAUCACACAGGUUUCUGUUGGAAUUGCACAGGGAAUACCAAAGGGCGUCACUGUGAGGAGUGCAGGGAUGAGUUCUACAGGAGACCCCAGGCUGGGCCGGCCGCAGACUGCAAGCGCUGUCCCUGCUCCAUGGUCACCUCCACCGGAAGCUGCCACACAGAGGCGGGCAAGGCGGUGUGUGAUGAGUGUAAAACCGGCUACAUUGGCAAUAACUGUACCAGGUGCGACCAAGGAUUCUUCAACUCCGAUAGCCUCUGUCUAAGGUGCGAUUGUCAUGGCAACACGGAUCCCGAGGCUCCGGGCCCCGAGUGUGACAUGGAGACCGGCCACUGUCUGCGCUGCUCGGCCAACACCACCGGCACCCACUGCGAGCGCUGUGCCAAGGGCCACGUGGGCCGCCCCGAGGACAGGAGUUGCCAGAGAGAGGUGCUGUCCCUCACGCCAGUGCCCACCACAACUCUCACCACAACCCCCACCACAACCCCCACCACAACUCCCACCAUGACACCAUCCUCAUCGCCGUCGCAGACCACAUGGCUCACGGCCUCAGGCCCCAGCACAGAGUCACCACCGGCAAUGUCAGCCCCAGAGAGCACCACCGCACCAGCCCCCAGCCCCGCCCCCACCACCGUCCUCGCCCCCUGGACUGUUCUGCCCACCAGACCCAGCUCCUCCCCCCCGGUGGGAGCCACAUCCAGCAUGCCGGCCCCUCCCACCCCCGAGAUCUCCUGGGUACAGUUCAACAUCGUGGUGCUGGCGGUGAUCAUCGCGGUGGUGGUGCUACUGACUGGCUUCGUGGCCGGAGUUUAUGUUUACCGGGAAUAUCGCAACCGGAAGCUCAACGCCCCCUUCUGGACCAUUGAGCUGAAGGAGGACAACAUCAGCUUCAGCAGUUACCACGACAGCAUCCCCAAUGCAGACGCCUCAGGUCUGCUUGAGGACGAGGCCUCCGAACCCGUCCCCAAUGGACAGCUCUCCCUCUCGGCCCCUGUCAACCCCUCCUACAGGGUGUAGAGACGCACAUGGGACGACAGGAGCUUGGGGGCUCAGAGAAGGUGGACAGAUAAAGUGAGAGAGAGAGAGGAGAGAAGUCACCGGCGUGACCCAAAACGUGACACAACGUGGGAGCAGCCAUUGAUUAGUCACCUUGCCCUCUUCUUCCCGCACCCCACCCCGCCCCCUGCUGCCCCCCACCACACACAUACACACUCAGCAGGAGUUUUGAUGGUUUUUUUGGCUGAAGAGCGAGGAAUACUUGCCUGAGUCGGGGUUAGUUUGGGGGAAAGCGUGACCGUGUGAAACCUCCCAAAUAAGUUUCUAUUUUUGUACAAAUCUAUGAUGGGAGAAAGGGAGGGGUUGACAUUAUUCCUCCCCAAUGGCAAUGGACUCCAUCUCCCUCCCUGACUCAGAGAUGGCCUCACUGCUGCCCCAGGACGGGACGUCCCCUCGAAGGGUUCAGUCCCCAGUUACUAAUUGGGGUGGGGGGUGAACAGGUGUGCGUUUGGUCGGGGAGGGGAAGAUAUAUGUGGGGGGUGAGGGGA